UCCGGUACCUGUUAGAGCGCUGAUGUCAGUUGAUCAGAUUGUCGGUGGCGGGGCUGGGUUAUCUCCGAGUGUGUGACACACACUACUGGUUUGGCGUGGACCAUUCUACACACUCAAACACGCAGCUGGAGAGGGGCGUAGUGUAUGAAUGUGCAUGCGUGUGUUUGGACGGGGAGUUGGCGCCUGGCAAUGGACACCUACAGAACACACGCCGUGUUGAUUUUACUGUUAUUAUCAUCGGAUAUUUGUCUGCCGUCGCAGUUUCCAACACAACUCAUAAUAAAGGAAUGGGUGGAUCAGAUGCAGAUAGAGCUGGUGACCCUGGCAGACAUGGCCAGCGCUGGGAAGAACCUCACACAGAUCUUCCUGGACAACCAGAACCUGUACACAGUAGAGUCGAAUGAUGCUGAGGAACUAGUGGCUGGGGCAGCCAGGAAUAUAGAACAGCUGCUACUGAAGAGGGCUGCAGCUCUGGAGACUCUGGCCACAUUUGCUGAGAAUUUCCAGAUGGAACACCAGUGGAAGGAUGAGUAUGCGGAUGGUGACAUUGUUUACUACAAUGCAAAGGACAAUUUGGAGGUGAAUGAGACAGAGGGUCGGAAGAACCGGAUCAGGCCAGCCUUUAAGGAAGAUAUGUUGUUUAAACGCCUCACCUCUCACAACCACACUGCUGUACACAUCCCUACUGACAUCUACGAUGGCUCCACCAUCGUGCUGAACGAGUUGAACUGGACGGAGGCACUGGAGGGUGUGUUUAAGAAGAACAGAGACGAUGACCCUACUCUGCUCUGGCAGGUGUUUGGUAGUGCUACUGGACUGGCCCGAUACUACCCAGCCUCUCCAUGGAUGGAUGCUCGGAAGACCCCCAGUAAGAUCGACCUGUACGACGUACGCAGGAGACCAUGGUACAUUCAGGGAGCUGCCUCACCCAAGGACAUGCUGAUCCUAGUGGACGCGAGUGGCAGUGUGUCUGGUCUGACUCUGAAGCUGAUCAGGACCUCUGUCGGUGAGAUGCUGGAGACUCUGUCUGAUGAUGACUAUGUCAACGUGGUCUAUUUCAACACCAGGGUGAAUAACACAGCGUGUUUUGACCACCUGGUCCAGGCCAACGUGAGGAAUAAGAAGAUCCUGAAGGAUGCGGUUCAGAACAUCUCUGCUAAAGGCAUCACCAACUACACCAAGGGAUUUGAGUUUGCCUUUGAACAGCUCUAUGCAACUAACAUCACUAGAGCCAACUGUAACAAGAUCAUCAUGCUGUUCACUGAUGGAGGAGAGGAGAGAGCGUCGGCCAUACUGCAGAAAUACAACGCUGACAAGAAGGUGCGUAUCUUCACCUUCUCAGUGGGUCAACACAACUAUGAUAAAGGUCCAGUCCAGUGGAUGGCCUGUGCUAAUAAAGGAUACUUCUAUGAGAUUCCCUCUAUUGGAGCCAUACGCAUCAACACUCAGGAGUACCUGGAUGUCCUGGGCAGACCCAUGGUUCUGGCUGACCAGCUGGCCAAGCAAGUCCAGUGGACUAAUGUCUACCUUGACGCUCUGGAGCUAGGUCUGGUCAUCACAGGAACCCUACCUGUCUUCAACAAGACCAAGUAUAAAGAUGAAUCGGGUUUAGAGAUUCAGAACCAGUUGAUCCUAGGGGUGAUGGGGAUUGACGUGUCACUAGAUGACAUCAAGAAGCUCACACCGCGCUACACUAUUGGACCUAAUGGCUAUUAUUUUGCCAUCGACCCCAAUGGAUAUGUACUGCUACACCCCAACCUCCAACCUAAGAAAAGGAUCCGUAACCACAAGACAAGACUCAAUAAGCCGUAUGCCAUCACACUCCAUGAGGAACCUGUCACUCUGGACUUCCUCGAUGCUGAACUGGAGAACGACAUCAAAGUCCAGAUCAGGAGAAUGAUGAUAGAUGGGAACCCAGGUGAAGAGACCAUAGAGACGCUAGUUAAAACUCAGGAUGAGAGAUACAUCGACAGAGGAGUAAGGACGUACACCUGGGCUCAGGUCAAUGGAACAGACUACAGCUUGGCCCUGGUCCUGCCUACCUACAGUGAACACUACAUACAGGCCAAACUGGGAGACACCAUCAGACAGGCCAUGGCCAUGGACACUCUGCGGGUGGAGAUGUUUGAUGAGUUGGGAUACACCUUCAUCGCCCCAAGGGAGUACUGCAAAGGAUUGAAAGACAACGACAACAACACCCAGUUCCUCCUGGACUUCAACCAGUUCAUAGACAGAAACACACUGGAAGAGCCAUGUAAUGUGACUCUGGUCAGUAGGCUGCUGUUGGACGCUGGGUUGACUGCUGAUCUGGUCAAACUGUGGAAGGAGCAGUCAUUGGGUGGGAUUCUGGCCAGGUUUGUAGCCACUGAUGGAGGGAUCACCAGAGUCUAUCCCAGAAGUGCUGGAGAGGAGUGGACAGAGAAUGCUGAGACCUAUGACUCAAGUUUCUACAAGAGGACUCUGGAUAACAACAUCUAUAUUUUCACCGCUCCAUACUUCAACAAGAGCAGGGAGUCAGGCUAUGAGUCAGGUAUUCUGGUGAGCAAGGCUGUAGACCUCAACAUAGAUGGAGUCAACCUCAAACCAGCUGUGGUGGGGGUGAAACUGAACGUCUCCGCCUGGAUGAACAACUUCAUGAACGCCACCAUCAAAGUCAACUGCAAGGAUGAAAUCUGUGGCUGUCUGAAGAAUAAUAAGCACGUUGACUGUGUCAUCCUGGAUGAUGGUGGCUUCCUGCUGAUGUCCAAUCAGGAUGAGUAUAUCACGCAGAUUGGUCAGUUCUUUGGGGAGGUAGACCCAGUCGUGAUGAUCAGUCUGGUCAACACGUCUCUGUACUCCUUCAACAAGACCUACGACUACCAGUCAGUCUGCGAUCCUGAGAGAGACAGCAAGGCUGCUGCAGGGCCACGAUCUGUCUAUGUGCCCACUAUAGCAGACAUGCUGAGUAUAGGUUGGUGGGCCUCCACUGCUACCUGGUCGAUAAUGCAGCAAGUCUUCUACGGUCUCAUCUUCCCCAGCUUCCUAGAGGCAGUGGACUCAGAUGAUGACAUGUCAGCUAACAUGUUUAAGGAGAGUUGUAUCACAGAGCAGACUCAGUACUUCUUCGACAACGAAGAGAGAUCCUACUCGGGAGUCCUUGACUGUGGAAACUGCUCCAGGAUGUAUCGAGCUGAGAAGCUGCCCCACACUAACCUGGUGUUUCUGAUCACUGAUGCCAAGGCCACCUGUCUGUCUUGUGACCCCAGACCACUAAGACAAGCUGAGCAACCCUCCCAGGGUCCAGACCCCUGUGAGCUGGCUCAGAACCCCAGAUACAGGAAAGGACCUGACGUGUGUUUCGACAACAACAUAGACGAGGAUGAUUCUGACUGUGGGGGCGGGACCUCUCUAAGCCCCUCUCUCUGGCCCUUGUUGGGGCUCCAACUACUGCUGCUGUGGCUCCUCACUGGCUCCCGAGACUCAUGACCCCUACACAAACACACAAAUGCACACACAUACACACUCACAUCUCACUUAGACAGUGUUUUACAUUGGACUGUUUUCUGACGAUCCAUCCCCUGAACGUAAUCACUGAUGUGUUAACUCACUGCCAGUAUGGAAGAGGAGUCACUCUCCUGUUCUCCCAUCGUUCUCCAAUGCCAAAGGGUGCUCUCUCUCAUCGCUCACUUCUCUCCUCUACCAUGUUUCAAUUGCCUGAGAUAUUCUAUUCUAUUCUAUUCUAUUCUAUGGUGCAACAGUAAGAGCUAACCAAACCCUUUAAUUCUGUAGUAUCUAUGUAUUGGUUUGAGUCUGAGGGAGGUUGAGUGGCUGUCCUUUCAUGCCAACAUAUUCUUUUUCAGUGACAGCAAAUGAUUUGUGUAUGCCUAGUUGUUUUGUAUUAUUGUUGCUUAUGAUAUUUAUUACAUGUAGAAAAAGAUCAUUAUGAAGACAACAAACGCUGUAACUGAAAUGGACAGCAAAGUUCUCAAUAUUCCAACUGUUCCAGGUCAACCAGGAGCGAGUAAAUAGAUGCAGUAGACUAGAGUAGGGUUCACUCAACAGAGAGCUGAACAACACUAACUAUGACACCAAAUAAAGCUCAUUAGAGUAAUGGGGAUAGUUGGCCCAUGAAAGAGACUCUGAUAACAUGGUCAAAUCCUACUUUAAUAUCGUUAUGUCCAUGGUACCAAUCUAUGACCUGAGCCAAAUACUUUCUAAAUACUGUUGUGCUGUGCUUAAUUUAGGUUCACUUGCUGAGUGAGCGUGGUUGUACUUUUGGGACUAUUCUAUUGGUUCCAUUGCACCGGGAAAGUGAAAUCUAGUGCAACUCAAGUGAUACACUAUAUAUUUGACCCAGGUCUUUAUAGAUACAUAUACAGUAUAGCUUCAUUUGAUGCAUCAGAUUCCUAGUGCCUAUGUAGCGUCAACAUCCCAUUCAUAUAUCCAGAGUUAAUCUUUGAUGGGGAGUCAUUGGAAUGAUGUCCCAAUGUGUCCCAGUUGCACGCCGUACAGUAUGCUAUGUGUAGUAGUAGAGCAGGAGCAGUAGCUCAGAGAUGUGUUUCCUAUGUUACAUAACUAGCUGGUAUCUAUCUAGCCUGGGUGUCAGUCUCAUUCACCUUCAGACUGCCAGACAGACUUGAACCCACCUCUGUAGAACAAUGUGCUCCUGAAGUUAGUUUCCUCUGGAUCCCCAGACUCAGGAUUUCAGCAAAGUGAAAGACAGAAAAGCUUUCCAAAAGACUACAGGAGUUUGUAUCACAUGCCCUGGUGAGCAGACAACUGGAGAAUGAUAUCAGCAUAUACAGUAUAAAGACUGUUUAUUUUCCGUCUUCUUCUACUGCUUGUUUCUUCUUUGUGUUGCUCUCUAAGUGCUGUCAACGAGACGCUGAAAGCUCGGUGUCAGAAUGCUGCAAUGUGACGGGAUGAGUCUGUUCGAUGUUGGACGCUCCUCAAACCAUAGAUAAGUCACUGUUUGGCCAUGAUGGAGAGGACCAAGGUACAGGCCCUGUUACCACAGACCUGAACCACAGACAGUUUCAAGUCUUACCCCACUCUUAUCCCAAACUUACCAAAAUUUAAGUUCACUGUAAACUACACAUUACAAAAAAGCAGCACUGUAACCCUAACCCAAAAUGAAGAACUAACAGCUCAUGUUAUGUCGUUUUUACAUCAGGGCCUAUCGCUCCCAGUGUUGUCCUUUCUGCCAUGGCCAUCGUGUGACUAAAUGGUUUGGCGUUCAGGAUCAUGCCUGUUUAUCGGAGUCACGUGUUGACGUGUGUAUAACACCAGGAACAUUAUGUAGCCCUGGUACAGGCAUGUCCCUGGGGAAAUCCUUGAUUGUGCUUUAAUUAAUACAUUACUUACUCUUUUGUGUAACUUGACUAGCCUGAUUAAAUUUUGUAUACAUUUGUACAAUAAUGAUAUUUACUGUAAAAAAAAAAAGAAGAAAAAAAAGAAACUGAAAAAAGGAGCUAUAAUGUUUAUAUAACAUGGUUGUGAUUCUUGUGCAAAUAUGAUGUAUUCACAAUAAACGUAUAGUAUUGUUAUGGUC